GCCGGAGGAGCGCGGGGGGGGUCGGACCGGGGCCGGGGCCGGGGGAGGGCAGCGCCCGCCCGCCCGCCCCGCCGGGGAGAGCGCCGGGAGCCGCGCCGGGGACGGCAGCGCUGGGGACCAUGCGGGCACCGCUGCUGCUGCCGCUGCUGCUGCUCGGUGUCAGCUCUCAAGAUGUUACAGAUGCCCCAGGAGGACAGGGGCAGAAACUCACAACUACAGACACCAGCAAGACACAACAGACCACCCCUACAAACAAGGCAGAAAACCCACCAUCCAAACCUACGGUGCCACCUUUCAUAGUUCAAGGGAUCACUUCUACAAGCAAGCCAGGAAAUCCACCACCCAACUCUGUGAUAUCACCCACCACUGUUCAAAGGACAACCCCUACAAGCAACCCACCAUCCACUCAUCCAGCGUCACCUGCUGCAACUCAAGGGACCACCUCUACAAGCAAGCCGGGAAAUCCACCACCCAGCCCCUCAACAUCAUCACCCCACCUGUCUCAGAAGGUGGGAUCUUCACCCAGCUCUGAACCCUCAACAACCACCACUGCUGCAGCCUCCGUUGUGGCCCAGCAGCAGACCAGCCCUACAGCCAGGUUGGGAAGCUCAGCAACCACCACUACUGCAAGUCCCAUCCCCACAAAUGGGAGCAGCCCUCCAGCCACCUCAAGAGAUCCAGGGACUGUGGUCGCACCCCCUCCCAGUGGGAAACCUCAGGGAGGACAGCCUUCAAACCAGUUGAGCAGCACCACUGUGAGCACCAGUGUCACAACAAGCAGCCCUCACCCUGGGCUCAAGAACUAUAGUGUCCCUCCUCCCACAUUAGUCAUCAAGCAGCCUUCCUCUUCUCCUAGUUCUCCAGUCUCUUCCACCAGACCUGGGAGCACCCACACUUCUGGUACCUCUGGUGAUGGAUCUGUCUCUACUAGUAAAGCGUCUCUGACUUUACCACCUGGCAGCAUCAACAAUGUCUCUGAGGCAGUCACCACGCCGACUGUUGGAGCAGACCAGAGAAGCCAAGAUGUCAAAUCUGUGUCAACCAAACCUACAAGUGCUGACCAGAGCCCUGCCAGCGCACAGCCAUCAACCCCAGCCCCGGGGGACCAGCCGGCGAGCAGCAGUCCUGGCCACCAGCAUCCUAGUACUUCUUUCCAAAAUGAGGUCAUCUGUAAAGACCAAGUGCAAAAUAAUCGGCCCACCAUCUAUCUGAAAGAAGCUAAAACCUGUGCCGAGUGGAGGACCACCAGCACCAACGUCUCUUUCUUCGAGACGUUCUGCUCGACGAGCCAGCACGCUUUCAACGCCAGCAGGGAAACGUGCACAGUGAUGCUGAGCUCCAGCGAGCCCCGCUCCCAGCACUGGGCAGUCACAGCGCUUGUGCACCUCCCUUUGGACCCUGAAAAGGUCCUCGAGGAGCUGAAGGAGAAAAAGGACAAGUUAGAGGAGCUCGGCAUUGCCAACAUCACCUACGACAAAAUGGAGAGGGAGAUAAUCAACGACGAGUUCAGCACGCCCUUGAUCAUCACCAUUGUCACCCUGGCCGGCUCCCUGCUGCUGAUCGCGGCCAUCUACGGCUGCUGCCACCAGCGCUUCUCCCAAAAGAAGGACCAGCACAUCCACCCUGAUCUCCCCGGGUUUGAUGAUGGACAUGUGGCCCUGAUCUUUAAUCGCCUGACCGAGGAGCUGCAGACCAUGGAGAAUGGCUACCACGACAACCCCACGCUGGAGGUGAUGGAGACCUCCUCCGAAAUGCAGGAGAAGAAGGUGAACCUCAACGGUGAGCUGGGGGACAGCUGGAUCGUUCCUCUCGACACGCUCAUGAAGGAGGACCUGGAGGAAGAGGAGGACACGCAUUUAUAGGAUACAGAACUCGAUUAAGCAAAAAACGACCACCUCCCCUCGCCCCCAAAAAGAAAAACCCACACCAUAAUCCUUACACACAUACAACUCCAAAACAAGGCAAAAUUCCCAAGAGACCCUCCCAAAAUUCCCUUAAUGAACUAAUCAUGGUCCCUUGUGCCAACAAGUGGGGUGCAGGAUGGAAGGAGGGACAUGAGAAGACACCUCUGGGAUGUUUUAUCAACACAAGCCACUGUGGUGGCCGCAUCUGGACGAGCAUCCUCCAUCACCCAUGGGUGCUUAGCAGGACCUACCACACCAGACCUGUCCAGCUUCGGGUGAAUGGGGUGUCUCCUGCCAACGUGUCCCCCCUCAUUCUGUGUCCAACCGCAGCCUCCAGCUACUGAGCAACUCAAAAAAUUAGAAAAAUAUAAACAAAGUAAAUAGGAUUAGAGAGGGAGCACAAGCACAACUCCCAAUAGCAAACCGGCACCUGGCAAUUAGAGCUAGAAAAAUCCUCUAGCCCACGCGGUUUAGUCAUCGCUCGGCCCUCCCCGACACGAACCGCCCAGGUAUCGAGCAGGAAAAACUGGAACAGCCUGUUCCUUUUUAAUCCCGUCUCCAUCCUCUCCCCAUAAAGUGCCGGCUAAAACGCACAAGAGCCCCCGCGUUGUGCCGCAGGCAAAGGAACGCGGCCGGACUCGGCCGGCCGGGGGGGAUGCAGUGAUGCCCAGGGAUGCUCAGUCCGGGAUCACUGCACCAAAAAGGGCCGUGGGAUGUAUCCUGCACCCAGUUGGAGUCCAGGAGAGGUGCAGAAGCUUCUUGUCUUGAUGCAAAGCGGAGGGAAAGCAAAAGGAGACGUUCCUUGAGAUCAUCCCUCCUACGAAGGGUUUAAUGAGACUGAGAGCGAUGCCUGGUUGCCAACCCAGGCCUGAGGUUGGGGAGAAACUCCAGCACAGACCAGCUCUGCAUUUCCCUGCAGAAGCGUUAAUUGCCUUCCAGUGAUUACGCAGCAGCAUCUCAUGGCCCACGUCCAUCCUCCCGAGACCGUGGGUUACAUGCCUUGUGAUGGUUUGUGAUUUUUGUGGUUAUGUUUUCCCGCGUGAGCAGCAGAAGCGUGAGCCAGGUAGCUUGGUGGUAUUCAGGGUUUUCCAUCGGUACAGCCCUUGGUGUUUCCUCCUCCUGAGGUUUAUAAGCUCAGUCUACAUCCUCAAGCUUUUCUUCAAAAGCAGGUAGGACAGUAGAGGCCUGCAAAGAAAAUUCCAGCUCAGCAGCAAAGCUGGGACCGAGCUUCACUCCACAGCCCUCAAUCUCCUGUCCAGGUCUCACUUUGCCAUAAAUCUUCAGAGACAGGGGUGGGGGAAAACAUGCAGGAGCAGAAAGUGGGUGGACUGAGGUCUUUUCUGAUUUUCUACCCCCCAUCAUAAGGCUUAAACAGCUCUGAAAGGAUGGGGAGAGUUUCAAAACCUUUGCUCCGGCUCUGGUGAAGCAGUUCAGCCCUGGUAGGUGGGGAUCAGAGCAGGGUUGCAUCCUCCAGCACGUGAAAUAAGAGAAGAGGACUAUAAGGUUGUUUGGGCAAGUGCAUCUCCCAGCACAUGGUGGUCCAGGUGAAGAACCCCAGGUUGAGUCGAUCCACAGUAUCACAAAGGAGAAGGGCAGGGUGGUUUCCAGAAGCUGGCAGAUGUGUCUUCUCCAAGGGAUUUGCUCUUGUCCCUUCUCUCCGGCACUGAAGGGCAGAGUUCGGAGCGUUCAGACCUAUAUAUUUUUGUAUAUGUAAAUAUUCCUGCUAUUCAUUAGCGAUGUAUUCAGCACACUUCACUUACCUGUGCACUGCACUACGGGGAAGUCAUUUUGGAGGGGGCGGGGGGUGGAAUUAAAAAUAGAGGGGAAAAAAAAAAGAUAAAAGAAAGAAAAAGCUAAAGGCCGGUCUGGUAGGGGAUCAAAACUCAACACCAAGAUAACCCCGCGCCACAGAUUUCUCCCCGCUCCGGCAGCAUCGAGUUCAGCUCUUUGACACCGCAGCAAGGCUCGAAGAACCCGUCUCGGCGUUUGCAAUUUGUUGCAUGAGCACGUUUGCUUCCCAGCGAUCCCAAGAGACAAACAGCGGGUCGGUGGCCUCGUGCUUCUGUCCUUGGCGGAAAAUAAACGUGGCGAAGACACGGGGCAGUUUUGGUUGCCGUGAGGAUGCCCCUGGCAGAGCAUCUCCAGGCAGCCGGGUGUUCGGCACGUGCCUCAGAUCCCCCUUCCCAGCGAAGAGAUGCCAAAGUGCUUUAACAAACCAGGUCCAAAGACUUUCCAAGAGAACCCUGCGAAGGCUUGAGACCAAGAGACCUUAAACCUUCGCGAGCAGAGACCAGUGAAGAUAUCAACUGCUCGGCAAGUGCUUAUAGCGAUUUAUAUUUGAAUAGGAAUUGUACAUUUAUUUAUUUUUCCAGACACCAUAUUUUUAAACCACUAAUAUUUUAUAGUAGAUUUUCCUUCCCCUAUUUAAAGAACUAUUUCCAUGGAAAAAGAAAAAGAAAAAAAAAAGUACCUUUUUUUAUGUUGAGAACAUUCUUGUUGCAAAAAACAAAAAUCCGGUAGGAAAUGCAGUGAUGAGCAUCUUUGGCCUUAACCCUCCCCUUUGUAGACUGCAGCCAUAAUUAGACUAAAAAUGAUAAUAAUAAAUGAAAUUCUACCCAGGCAUUUCCUCCCUCCCUGCUCCUCUUCCCUUCCCCGCGCUCCUCUUUUUCUCCCCCAAAACAGCUUUAACACACAUUGUACAAAGAGAUUAUUGCUCUUACCUUUUGGGGAGAGUUUCACAAGCAGCUCAGACAUCCUUGCAAGAGACUUUUCUAUUCUCAGAUUCGCGAGGAAUGUGUAAAUAAUUACUUCAGGACCAUUUAUCUCCCGCUCACAGUGCCGUGACCCAGCUGAUGAGGUUGAUACUGCGACUGUUGCCUACAGAAAACGUACAUAAUCUAUAAGGGACUGAAGGAGAACUUAAUUUCCUAUUUCCAACCCGUUGAACCUUGCACAUAUAGUAGAGCUCUUACGUACUGUAUAGCAGCAUCUCUCACAGGGACAGGAGUCUGAUUUACACUGGAAUUUACUGAGGAAUUGGAUUGUAGAGAUUAUUCUUGCAUUUUCCUACAAAUAUAUUUUGAAAGCAUCAUGUAUUUCUGUCAAUAAACAUUCUUAUGUAAAA